AUGGCGAUCAAGACUGACAUGAGUAAGGCAUACGACAGAGUAGAGUGGAGCUUCUUAGAAGCUCUCCUCCGCAAGAUGGGCUUUGAAGGAAAAUGGGUAUCAUGGAUACACCGGUGUAUUUCUACGGUCUCAUACCAAAUCCUGCUCAACGGAGAACCCAAAGGCAAUAUUCAGCCAACAAGGGGACUUCGACAAGGCGAUCCUCUAUCCCCAUUCCUCUUCAUCCUGAUGACGGAAGCUCUAAUUUCUCAACUUAAAGGUGCAGAGGAGGAAGGCAGGCUGACAGGUUUAAAGAUAGCACGAGCUAGUCCAGCAAUUUCUCAUCUCCUUUUUGCCGAUGAUAGUCUUUUCUUCUGUAAAGCAGAUGUCCAGCAGGGUGCUGAGUUGAUAAGGAUCAUCAAUCUAUAUGGGAGAGCUUCGGGACAGUUGCUAAACCCAUCGAAAUCAUCUAUUUUGUUUGGCAACAAAGUAGGACAGGAGGUCAAGAUAGCGAUGAAACAAAUACUGGGUAUCAAUAGAGAGGGUGGAAUGGGCAUGUACUUAGGACUCCCGGAAAAAAUAUGUGGCUCCAAAAGACAGGUUUUUGCCUUCAUCAGAGAACGACUCAAUGAUCGUAUCAAUUCAUGGUCGGCCAAGCUCCUGUCUAAAGGAGGCAAGGAAGUACUGUUAAAGUCAGUAGCACAAGCGCUGCCCACCUAUGUGAUGUCCUGUUUCCUUUUACCGAAAGAUAUCAUAAACAAACUGCAAGGAGCAAUAGCAAAAUUCUGGUGGAGCACGAAAGGAAAUAAUCGGGGACUGCAUUGGAUUGCUUGGGAGAAAAUCUGUGUUCCAUUGGAGAAAGGAGGUUUAGGAUUUAAAGAUCUCCUAAACUUUAAUCUUGCACUCUUAGCAAAGCAACUAUGGAGGCUGCUUCAUCAUCCCAAUUCUCUACUUGCCCGGGUACUUAAAGGUCGAUACUACAGACAUAUUAGCCCAAUGGAGGUUAAAACGUCUAACUCCCCGUCGUAUGGGUGGAGAAGAAUUCUAGCGGCUCAGAAUUUACUCAGAGAGGGACUGCGGAAAACAAUUGGAUCAGAGUACAAUACCCGUGUCUGGAUUGACCCAUGGAUUCCGACCAUACCCGCCCGUCCGGCAACGGACGCUGGUGUGUAUCGAGAUAGGGAUAUGUUUGUAAACCAGCUUAUUGAUCAAGCUACCAAGCAAUGGAGGCUGGAGAUGCUGGAGGCUUUGAUAGACCCGAGAGACAUCCCUCUGAUCCAGAGCAUUCGGCCCAGCCAUAUAUUUAGAGAUGAUGGGUACUGUUGGAGUUACACAAAGACCGGUUUGUACACAGUGAAGUCGGGAUACAAGCUUGCAUCCCAGAUGAAGGAGGCGAAUAUCGAAAGUGCAGUCAUGGAGCCGAGCAUCAACCACUUAAAAGAGAUGAUCUGGAAGCUAAAAGCACCAAGGAAGAUUCAACACUUCUUGUGGCAAGUUUUGUCGGAUAGUAUCGCGUCUUGCAGCCGGCUUGCUGAUAGACAUUGUGGGACCGACAGAUCAUGUCCCAGAUGUGGACAUGAAGAAGAAUCACUUAAUCAUCUCUUGUUUCUUUGUCCCCCGGCGCUGCAAACGUGGGCACUCUCAGAUAUACCAACUCUUCCGGGGUUAUUCCUGAGCGAAUCCCUAUACGAAAACUUUGACUACUUACUUCUUCGUGCAACAAAGAAUGGAGCCCCGAGGAACGUUCUUGCUAGGUUUCCGUGGAUCGCAUGGUUCAUAUGGAAAGCGAGGAAUGAAAAGAUCUUCAACAACACACAAAUCCUACCUCCGGAAACUGUACUUCACGCUACCCAAGAGGAGGAGAACUGGAGAGUGGCACAAAUUUUAACGAGUCAAGAAGUGACUGGAGGAAACCAACACACAACUAACGGGAAUAUGGAGAAUGAGUCACCAUAUCCAAGAUGCCAAGUGGAUGCAUCCUGGGUGACAAAUUCGCCAUUUUCUGGUGGAGGUUUUGUUCUCGAGCUGGCGCCUGGAACCGUUACGUAUGGCUCCAUUGGUAUGGACCAGACCCUGUCUCCUAUGCAUGCAGAGUUCACCAUCUUGCUUUACGCAAUGAAAAAUUCCCUACAGCUAGGAGUUACAUCGAUGUCCUUUGAAUCGGACUGUCUUCAGCUUGUCAAGCUGAUUAACGAUGAAGAAGAUUGGCCAGCUAUGGCUUCGGAAUGGAAUGAAUUCAUUCAUCUAUUAUCUCUUUUUACUGUGUUUUCAAUUUCUUUUAUCGCAAGAGAGCGGAAUAGUUUAGUUGUCUUCCUCGCCGUUUUCUUGCCAUCGAUAGUCUCUGCUCGUCUUGGUUUUCAAGAUCUGGUUUUUGGUGAUUACUUCUAUGCUCUUUUUCAUAGCUCGAGGAUGGCUCCAUGA